AUGUCACCACUCGCAGGCUCCUCGGAGACGGACGACAAUACCGAUCACCACCACCACCAGCUGAGCGCCAGACACAAACACGCCGACAUUGCCAAUCCUACACCUUCGCUAUCCUMGCGGCAGUCGAGUCACGAUAUAGAUCCCACCAAUGUGCUGCCUACUCUGCGGCAGCGACUCCGACACACCAGUUCGAUCUUGACAAUAGUAACCUCCUCCGAGAACAUCUACGCGGGCACCCAGGCCGGUGAAAUUUUGGUCUACGGUCUGAGCACAUAUGAGCGAAAGGCUGUGAUUGAGGGUCACAAUGGCUCUGUAUUGGGACUGUGUUUAUCGCAGGACCAAUCGUUGCUGUUCUCCAGCGCCGGGGACAGGAUCGUCAACGUUUGGGACACAAAAACAUUGAAGCGGACGCACUGCUUGUACUCAUCGUUCGAUGUGGGUGACGUUUUCUGUGUAUCAUACUCCGCAGAACUACAGACCGUCUAUCUCGGAGCGCAAAACACCACCAUCCAGUGGUGCCAGAUCUCUCGGGAGACAGCCCAGGAGCUCCCAAUUCGAGCUCGGAGCGCUUCGAUACGUGGCGGCGAUCGCUUCUUCGACUCUGCUGGACCUGGUGGCGUACGUACUCCGCGGCCAGCGGGAUCAGACGUGCUUCCGCGACACGCUCGGGGAGGUGAGAAGGUCAAGAUCGAUAAGGAAUGCGUCCGGCAUUUUGCACACUAUGGCUACGUCUACUGCAUGCUGUUGGCAAAAGAUGGCGUUCCUGAAUGGAUGGGUCACGAGACUUUAAUUACUGGUGGAGGGGAUGGAGUCAUCAGGCUGUGGAAGUUGGAUACAGACAACGGAGGCGCGAUAGAGGCGUUGUACUGCCUAGAUGAUGGUCGAGAGGAAGGACACGCAAUUCUUUCAAUCUCCAUCGAUGGCACAUUUCUCUACUCUGGACGAAGUGGUGGAGAGGUGGACGUAUGGGAUCUCGAAACUCGGCAGCUUGUGCGGAACCUCAAAGCUCACAAAGAUGAUGUGCUUACAAUUUGCGUCGGCGGAGGGUUUCUCUUCACAGCUGCGGUCACUGGCCAUGUGCGAAAGUUCGAUCGCCAAUAUCAAGUCAAGAACAGCUUGAAAGCACACGAAGGCCGCAUCCUCGCUUCAGCCUUUUCAUCUCACACUCAGCGUCCAGUCUACGUGACUGGUUCCAACGACAACAGUCUGGCGGUGUGGGAUGUAAGUGACUGCAUCAAGUCCGUGGCGACACCCAGCAAAACCAGCAACGAGCAACUGUUCGAUUAUCUGCAGAAGUUUGUAUCGUUUCGGACGGUCUCAUCGGAUCCUCGGUACAAGGCUGACUGCCGACGAGGAGCAUCGUAUCUUCGCUCCGUCUUUAAGAACUUUGGAGCAACGACAGAGAUGCUCCCCGCGGAAGAUGGAGCAAAUCCAGUCAUUCUGGCUCGUUUCAGAGGCAACCCAGCUACAGCUGCGAAUCGCAAGAAGAUCUUGUUCUACGGUCACUACGAUGUCGUAGCUGCCAACAAUGAGAACGGCAAGYGGCUCACUGACCCCUUCAGCAUGGAAGGUAUCGAUGGCUAUCUUUACGGCCGCGGCACUUCAGACAACAAAGGCCCAAUCAUGGCUGCCAUCUUUGCAUGCGCGGAAUUGACCAGCGAGCAAGCCUUGGGAUCCGACAUCAUCUUUCUGAUCGAAGGCGAAGAGGAAUGCGGCUCCCGUGGAUUUGAGAACGCCAUCAAAGCCAGCAAAGAUAAGAUUGGGGAUGUCGAUUGGAUUCUGCUUGCCAACUCGUACUGGCUGGAUGACAGGACUCCCUGCCUGACAUAUGGUCUGCGUGGUGUCAUUCAUGCCACUGUGCAGAUUGAGAGUAGCCAUCCGGAUCUUCACAGUGGCGUCGACGGUAGCGCUCAGCUCGAUGAGUCGCUCAAAGACCUUGUCAUGCUUCUUGGUACGCUGACAAGCAAGAGUGGAGACGUGAAAAUCCCUGGCUUCUACGAUCCUGUGCCCGAGGUCACCAAAGACGAGGCCGCGUUGUACUCUGAUAUCACGACGGCAUUGGUACAGCGCAACCCAGACCUCGGAGAUCCAGACGCUCUCGCAAGAUCCUUGAUGAGACGCUGGAGAGAGGCUUCCCUCACCAUUCACCGCUUCCAGACGUCAGGGCCAGACAACGCCACCAUCAUUCCACGCUUGGCGAAAGCUGCAUUGUCCAUGCGGCUUGUGCCCAAUCAGGAGGCAUCGGAAGUAGCGAAAUCGCUGGUACAAUAUCUUGAAAGUCAAUUCGAGGAGCUGGAUUCGAACAAUGUGCUCACAGUGACCAUUGACCACAAAGCGGAGCCAUGGUUGGGAGAUUGGACGAAUGACCUUUUCAAGACCCUGGAAGAAGCCAUCAUGGAGACGUGGGGUCCCAUCGAUCAGUCGCACAGUCGACACUCCUCGGUUGCAGGACUCAAACCAGCGCUGACGCAGCAGAGCAACGGCUACUUUACUACCAAGCCGUCGGCUACCACAUCAUCGGUGCUCGCAAUUGGAAGCCAAGUGCCACUCCCCGAGCAACCUCUCACUCCGCUUGCCGAAGUAACACAGAAACUGGAAAAGAUGGCAUCACCAAAGCGAUUGGCGCACAAACAACGUCAGAAACCCCUCUACAUUCGCGAGGGAGGAUCGAUUCCAGCCAUUCGUUUCCUUGAGAAGGAAUUCAACGCGCCAGCUGCGCAUCUGCCCUGUGGUCAAGCAAGCGAUUCCGCUCAUCUAGACAAUGAGCGCUUGAGACUUGUCAAUUUGUACAAAAGCAAAGACAUCUUUAAAAAGGUGUUCCGGGACUUGCCUCAAAAGUGA